AUGUUACAUGAGUCUUUAGAUGAUUUAGCUUUAACAAAAGAUAAUAUAAUAUUUUUUGAUAAUUUCAAUAAUUAUGAGAAACAAGCAAUCGAUUAUUUCACGUAUUCCCCAGAAAACAUUGAUUAUAAUUUAACGUAUGCAAAGUACUUCAAUGUAUUAAACACAUAUAAGUCAAACAUUUACAAUGAAAAGAUCAGAUUACCAUCCUGUUCUAGUGAUGAUCCGCUAGAUUACACAAUUUAUUUGAAAAGACUAAUAAACUGUGUCUUUAGAAAAUGGUCAAUGAAACUGUUCAAUAGAAAGGAUAAGGUGGAUCCGUUAGAUAUCAAUUGGAAGAAAGAUUCUGAUAUCACGGUAUUGUAUGGACCAGAUUUGGCAUUAUCUGAUUUUAAAUACAUAGAUAUCAACAUUGCUCCUAAUAAGUCAGAAUCCCCUAACGAUGAUAUAUAUGAUAAACGAAUGUCACCAAUGACAAAUAACGAUUUCCUAGAAUGCAAUGAUCACCUUUCAAGAUCAACUAGCGUCGCAAGUUCUACGUCGUCAAAUAAUAAUUCAUGUAAUAAAAACUUGCAAUUCAAGGAUACGGUAUUAAGAAGAUACAUUUAUAGCAAAGGUAACCAUUACGAUUUUAGAGUAAUGAUAAAUGACUAUAAACAAUACUGA